AUGGCAUCAACUAAUCCAAACUUAGAAUUUUAGGAAGAACAAAAUCCAAAAAAUAAAUUAUUGGUUAACCAAUAUGUGUAGAAUAUUAUGACUGAAUCAAAAAUAAUUAGCAGAAGCUUGAGAAUCUUUGAUGUUACAAAUAGAGGAUCAUUUGAAGUAGUUUCCAAGUAUUUGAAAUUUGUCAAAGAAUAUGCUAUUGGAGAUCCGAUGAUUGUUUUAUGUGGUAAUAAAUGUGAUGUUUAAUCUAAUCCUAGAAAAGUUAAUUAUGAAGAAGGAAUGAGCUAUGCCCUAAGUAAUAAAAUCGGAUAUAUUGAACUAUCAGCUCGGUGGGAUUGGAAUAUCUGGCUUUUGCACAAUUUGUCAGCAAGAACAAUAGCUGAAUGA